AUUCAAACGAUUAUAGAACACUUCACCAAAAAGCCUGAUAUAGAAUAUACCGACGAUAAGGACAAUUCUUCAGAUGAUUUACCCGAAGCUGAGGUAAGUAUACCUAUUGAUCAAGAUUCGGAAUUACCAGAAGCUUCGGUAAAUGCAUCUACUGGAACCGAGAAUUCCUUUCUUUGCAGACAAUAG